CCCACUCUUUACGUAGUCUAUUUUCCUGCGAACACUACAUUGUAUAUAAUCGUAACGUAUAUACAUAAGUGAUUAAAGAACUUAUAACGAAAAAAUAAUAAUAUUUUGUUGCAGAAGUAAUAUAUUUGAAGUGGUUUUCAAUAACACACACACACACACACACAACUAUGUUUGCAUUUAUUUUGAGUUAUUGAAAAGUACCUAAAUCACUAUUUGAUAUGUUACGUUGUAUUUAAGUAACCUUUGUUAUUAUAUUACUACCUAACUUGAAUGUAUGCUAACAUAAUUAUACUGUAAUUCAAGUAUAUAAAAAUUUAUCGUUGCUAAAUUUAAAGCUAAUUUGUAAUGAUGAUAUCAAAAUACAAGGACGUCAUUUGUGCUUUUGGAAAAUAUAUGCAGAAUAAUCAACACUUAAUCUUAGGUCCAGCUAGUUACCCGUCUUACAAUUUUCAACAACUUAGGAAUAUAGCCAAACAUUGGAAUCCAAAGUUCCGUAAAGAAAGGAGAGAAAAAUUUAUUAAAGUAGAACUUCCAAACUUUGACGAAGACGACGACGAUGCUACAAUGUCAAGAGAACAAUUUCGAGCAAGAAUGAAAAAGUAUGGUAUGGUACCUCAAAGGAAAUGGUCUGAAAGGCCAGUUCUCAUUUCUAGUACACCCAAUAUAUUUGAACCUUACGUUGUACCAGAGGGUGAUGGAAGAUAUUCUAGUAUCACAAAAGAGGGAGCAAAGCAGAAAUUGGAAUUCGUUGAAAAAAAGAGUAAAUCUUAUAUGGCUAUUAGGAAAAUAAAAUCGUAUGAUGAUAAUUUUACAACAGAUGCAUUUGUAGACCACGCAUUGGAUAUAUACAAGAAAGCGCAUAAUGCAUUGGUUACCAAAAACAAGGAUGAUUUAAUACAAUAUGUUACAGAGACUGCAUAUCCUAAAAUGUUGCAUAACAUAGAGGACAAAACAAUUGUUUGGAAAUUCUUGGAAUCCUUAGAACCAGCACGUAUUGUACAUGCAAGAUGUACGAGUAUAAUAACAAAGGAAAAUAUAUUUGCGCAAAUUACUGUCCGGUUUCACAGUCAACAGAUUUUGUGCAUUUACGAUCGAUUUGGGCGGCUGUUAAAGGGUAGCGAAAUAUUAAGGAAAGAUGUUCUUGAUUAUAUAGUAUUCGAAAAGCAUUUGUCUAAUGAAUACGGCAUUUGGCGAUUACAUGGAAAGAUUGUGCCAAGUUGGCUACCACCGGAAGAAGUAGCAGCAAAAACGUUUACAUUACCAGGAAAGAGCGAAGAUAACUUAGCAGCAAAAGAUGCUGAGGAGUCUGUUGCUGCAACAGUCCAGCAGUAAAAGAUGCUGAGGAGUCUGUUGCUGCAACAGUCCAGCAGUAAAAGAUGGUGAGCAAACGACACGAUUUUAUAAUUAGCAUCGAUUUUAUUGUUGAUAUUUUGAACAAAGUGGUAGCAAAUAAAACAUUGUUAGAUCAA